AUGCCAUUACCAGGCCAGUCUGGCUCUCUUCCCCCAUCGACUGACACCGGAGCGCAUGCCGAACCGGGGCCCUCGGCAGCCGGUGGAGCUUCUACGCAAAGCAAACCCAUUCGGCUGGCUCUUGCUUGUAACCAGUGUCGAAAGCGCAAGGUUCGCUGUGAUGCCCAGCAGCCGAAAUGUCGAAAUUGCAGGCUCAGAGGGGAUUUGUGUAAAACGUCAGAUCCCCGAAAGCCCGACAACUCUUCUGCUGUCCGCCGCCGAGCCACCAAACGCUGGCAACCGAAGGCUCGGCAAGAGGUGGCCCUGACCCUCGCACCAGUCCAUCGUUCGCCAGCCACGGUUAGCCCAGCUCUGGCUGCUCUAGAUGUCGUGAGCUCCAUCAAUUCCGUAUUGAAUCCGACCGUGCCUGCAGCACAUAGUCAUGUGGAUCAAGCUUCGCCGGAUGUUGGGCGUAUCGCGAAAAAUUCCGCCAUACCCGGAGCGUCAGCGAGCCCGGCCGUCUCUACGCGUACGAAUCAAACUGAUAGGCUAGGAGAAGAUCAUUUUUCAUGGCAAUCCAGGGCAUACCAGGAGAGCACUGCUGCUCACAUGCAAGAAGCUGCACCGGGGCAUGAUAUCACUACACGGGUCGCGGCUGAAAUACCCGUGACACCAGAAGACGAUGUCAACGCGGAUAGUUCUGGCAGAAUCAAGCACCUUGGCGCCAGUAGUGUGCACUGCCUCUUCAACUUUAUCGAUCUUCACCUGGCAAGGUACGGCUUUAGCCCGGCCGCACCACUACUUGGACAUGGAGUACCUACUGAGGAGUUUCCUAUGCCUCUCAUACCGAAGCUACCGCUUUUGCCGGACCGUCAAAGCCUGUCCACGUACGUGGACGCCUUCUUCUCGCGAUUGUGGCCAAUCUUCCCAGUUAUCGACAAAGUAAAUUUUGAAACAGAUAUUAGCACCAUUGAAACUUUACAGGCAGCCGGCCACGAAAUCUGGCAGGAAAAAGCUAAUCUUACUCAUGUACCUUCCCUUGCUUCCGCCUACGCAGUCAUCUCACUUGGCAUGAAUGAGACAUCCGACGAUCUAGACUUGAGCUUCGAAUAUCUAACAGCUAGCCACAGUCUCCAUGGACAUCUGACAGCCAUACCUCAUUUCAAAAGCGUUCAAUCCCUGUUUCUGUUAUGUCUUGCACUGAGGGCUGUUGCAAACGAUAGCCAAGCGUGGCAAAUCAUUGGCCACGCAGUCCGAAUGGCCCAAUCUAUUGGACUUCACAAAUUAGACGCGCCUUUUUCUGCAGAAGGCCCCACGCUUGGUUCCGAUCCAGAAUCCCUGCAUCAACGUCUUUGGUGGUCCUGUUUUGCUUUAGAAAAGCUCACGCAGCUAGAAUGUGGAAGACCAUCUAUUCUAGACAGACGCUAUGACUCACUCCAAUUCUACUUUCCCGUCGGCGAUAUACCGGGUCAGCCUGUCCCAUACUUCAGAGCAUGGAUCGCAUUAAGUAGUAUUAUGGGUCGGAUAUCCAACCGUCUAUACUCACACAGGUUCCUGGGGGGAUCUGCUGAGAUGCUCGGCGAGGUCAUGAGGCUAGACCAGGAGCUGCUGGAGUGGGCAGAAUCACUUCCAGCUUUGCUCAAGCCUUGGAACACGUCUACGGAUUAUGCCACGCUUGAGUGCAGGAUUGUUUCGACGUUUCUUUCCCAGCAAUACUAUCACUCACAGCUCAGUGUUAUGCGUUUUGCGAUCAUUUUCCCACAGAAAAGCAUCGAAAUUGAAGUGAUGAAGAACAAGGACAAGCUACCAAGCCAUUCUCGGCUCUUAGAUGGCGCUUCAAUCUGUGCCAGUGCGGCGAGAUCAAUAGUGACACAGUCGCUUCAAUUAGCUGACAUUGGUUUACGAUCCACCCUUCUCGCAGCCCCUCCUACUUAUCUGGCCGCAGUUGUCCUUGCACUUAGUGCUCUAAGGCAGCCUCACAGCAGACUUGUCAGGUCCGAUGUUGAGCUGCUGGCCUCUGCCACCGAGUUUGUAGAAGCCUGGUAUGUCCAUCGGGGAUUGGGCCAUGCCUUUACCCAGACCUGUACUCAGCUGCGGGAACGAGUGAUUUCCAUCUUUCAGCGGCCCGAUGGUAGCAUUCGAAGACUUACCAUGGAAAGCUCAGCUGGUUAUUGGGCCCAGCCAAUCUCGGGGCGGCACCAGCAGCCGGGCGUCACAGGAUCGAAUGACCAUUCAUUACUCUCGGGUGACCAGGCUCCACGACGAAGCUCCCAAGCUUUAGAAGAGACAGAUGUAGCCAAUCACAGUGUCGAUCUUUUUGGGAACUUUGAUUUUGAAGACUUGUGGACUAUGACAGACUUGGGCUUCAGGGCUUAUGACGAGAAUUCAUCCAUUGCGAACGUGGUGCCGUUUCAAGCUUAG